AUGUCCGGACUACCGUCAGAUGAGGUCGCAGAAGACUAUAAGAACUCUUUGGAGGAUCUUGUGUCCAACGACAGAUAUCAGAUCUCAAACUUGACACUGAUUGCAAAAGAAAAUACCGAACACGCCGAAGCCAUCUCAAGGGUGCUGCAAAACCAUAUCAACAGAGCACCUCCAGCCCGCAAAUUACCAGCUCUGUAUGUCUUGGACUCUAUCGCCAAAAAUGUCGGGUCUCCUUACACGGUCUAUUUCGGCCGGAACCUUCACCAAAUCUUCAUGCUUGCAUAUUCCCAAGUCGAUGCUGCAGUCCGACGGAAGCUGGAAGAAAUGUUAAAGACGUGGCGAGAACCCGUUCCGGGCGCCCUGUCCACUACUCCCGUAUUCCCCAUCGCGAGCACCCAGACCAUCGUCGACAGUUUGAACAAGUUUCGGGCCCAGUUGCCUCCUACUCAUCGCCAGCAGGCCACUCCACUCCAAGGCCAGCCUGCCAGAGUGCCGUCUGCUCAGCCAUACCGUCACACACCAACUCCUCCACAAACCUUGUCUCAAUUUGCUCAAAACAUCCCUUCACACAUUCGAAGUCCGCAACCACAACCUGCUCUACCCCAGCAACCAUAUUCCCAGGGGCCAUCAGUGACGUAUGGCCAGCAAUACCCACCUCAGCCGACUCCGACCCCCUACUAUCAGCCUCCUCCGCCCUCCCAUACGCCCCAGUACCUACCUCCGACUCCUCAGCCGGCUCCCGUCACUGCAAGCGCAGUUGAUUUGCAGAAACUGCAUGCUGACAUCGACGACCUGACUACCGACGCUAAGAUCGAGUGUGCCACCCAUCCUAUGGAUGCCGGGGCCCAACGGAAACUAGCCAGUCUGCAAACGUUGAAAGAGAUCCUCGACAGUGGCAAUGCUUCUGAAAGUGAUUUGGUUGACAUUCAAAACACGAUCCUGCAAAAGAUGACGGAGAAAAUGACGACGAGUCGCCAAACCCCGACGCAGGCGCCGCUAUCCAACAACCCCCUGCAUACACCUUAUGCCCCUCCACAACCACUGAUUCAACCAAUGCAAAUCACUGCUCCAGGCCCAAGCCCUGUCCCACCGCCUACGGCGUUGUUCAAUAGCACGAAUCUUGCAGAGCUUCUUCGAACCACUCUAAAUCAACAGCAAGCGACACAGCCCACCAGCUAUUAUGCCCCACCUCAAACGGGCAUGAGUACUCCUCAGUAUACCGCGACAGCCGCUCCUGCACCGACGGAAAACCCACUCAUAGCUCAGCUCCGGGCGUCCGGGCUCCUAUCUGCAGCCCCUACGCCUCCUCCAGGGGUCACACCACCCCUGGCAUCUUUCUCUACAUUCGCACCAGACACAGCUACGGAAGUCAAAUUCACGUCAGCUUCAAUCAGAAUACCAAGACCCCAAAUGAUAACCAUCUUUCUCACGGCGCGGCCCAAUCAGUGCAGUACUUGUGGGAGGAGAUUUACAUCAGAUGACGCUGGCAAAGAGAAGAAGGCCAGACAUCUCGACUGGCACUUUAAGACCAAAGCCAGAAUGCUGGAGGCAGAAAAGCGGGGUCAGAACCGCAGUUGGUAUGUGGAUGAGCGAGAAUGGAUCGCGAGCAAAGAGUAUGAGGACGAUGCUGGACCGGUGGAUUCCAACGGCCAUCCAAUAAAUGGAGCCGGGGUUUCUGAUAAGAAGAAGCCGCAAGACUUUGUGCGCGUGCCAGCGGAUCCGGUGAUGCGGUCCCUGCCUUGCCCGAUAGAUCAGGAGCCAUUCAAAAGUGAAUGGAGCGAGGAAGUACAGGAUUUUAUUUGGAAAGACACAGUACAAGUCGGAGGGCGAUAUUACCAUUCAUCUUGCCUAGGGGACUAUUCUAACUCAAUACUUGGUAAACGAAAAGCAGAGGAAGAUAAUAUGCCAGUGGCCGCGGAGAAGAAACUGCUUAUCACUUAG